UUUUUUUGAGGGGGAAGGAGGUUAUUUUUAAUAUGUUUAAAAAGGAAGAGAUAGGGAAAAAUAAAAAGGAGGAUGUGGCAAACUAUCAACCACUACUAUACCAAAACCCCAAAACUAAAAAUCGCGAGAUUCCGCUCUGUGUGUGUGAAUUGAGAAGAAAUAUAAAUGUGUUUAUAAAAUAUUUUUGUACAUAUCUAUUUAUAUAAGGGACAAAAAUGAAAAAGAGACUUUUCAAUGAAAUCGGAUGAUAGCACGAAACAAUUCGUUUUCACUCAAGGAUUGUGUUAAUAAAUAUUUAAAAAAUAAAAAUUUGGACUAUAAUAUAAUAAAAUAUAAAAUUUUUAUACAUGGAAGAGGGGAAGGCGAAGAAGAUAGUUUUUUAAAAAAUGAAUAAAAGGAAGGAUGAGGACAAUAAGCAACAAAACUUCUUCUAAACUGCUUGACGAAUCUAAACUUUUUUUCUAAAAAUUGGAAAAGUGAGGGAAUAUCACGGAGAAUGAAUAAAUGACAACCAGGAACAACAACAACAAUAAAAAAAACAAGAAAAAAAGUAGUGAAAGUUUUCUAAGGCCGGAGGAUGAUUACAAGAAGAAAGGACGCUCAUUCUCUCUAAAUUGGAAGAGAUUGAGGUGAAGUAUAACAAGAAGAAGAACAAAACAAUAAAGCACCCCCAUCAUCAUCAGCGCGAUUGUGAUGGCCUAAUCGCGCCCUCGCCCCAAGGAGCCCCAUCCUUUCCCUUUUUUCCCUCCCCUAUUCUUCAUUCACCUCUUCCCCUCUCUUUCAUUCUUCUAAAACCAACCAGUCGACCCCCGUUCUUCGUAUAAUCGCUUGUUGUCCCGCCCAAAGCCUCCCAUUUCACUCAUCUCCUCUCUCUCUUAUUUCCUCAAUGGCCUGGUUGUCCCGCCCCUUUUCAAUAAAAAAAUUUUUUUUCAGGAGGGCUACAACAACAACAACUUUAACUAGACAAAACUAUAUAUUUAAUGCUUAAUGGGCUAGUUUUUAGGAACUGGAACCGUUUUUAUUUUUUUUGCGCGAAAUUGUUUUCUUGUGGAAUUAAAAAACAGGAAAAAGAGGAACGGCCAGACAGACCCUCCACACGAUUUAAUCAUCAUCCAUCCAUCCUUUUUUCUUGUAUUUGGCCCUAAAGGGGUUAAAGGAGGAACAAUUCUCUCCUCUCCAUUUCCUUUCGUUUUCCGCGAAAUCGCGCGUGAUUUGAUUUGUUUUUUUUCUUCGCGCAACUAAAAAACACAACAACAAAACAAUAAAAAAAAAGAAAAGCGUGAAGAGGAAGGAAGGAAGCCAGCCAGCUUUUACUUUCUUUAUACCCUUUAAUAUAUUUUUUUUUAUUUGUUUGGAUGGUUGCGCUUUCACUUUUCCUUACUGAUCACGCAAAUUCGCUACCGCGCUUUUUAUUUUUUUUUAUUUUGUUCCUUCAGAUCAUCUUCCCAACCUUUUUUCUUGUUCCUGCUUUUCUAAAAAAAUUCCAAUUUUUCAUGUCUGUUUAUAAAUUUUUUAGCUUUUUAUGGCCAAAAUUAAAAGUGAA